GGAGCCGGUGGGCGGCGCAGGCGCAGUGCGAGUAACGGCCGGCGCGUGGGGCGCAGCGGUAAGGGGGUGGUGUCGGUUGCGGCGUGAGGGGCUCCACUGGGAAGAUGGACGAGUUCCAGCCGGGGGAGGAGACUUCCUUUGUUGUUGAUGAAGUCAGUGCCAUCAUUAAGGAGGCCAUAGAAAGUGCAAUAGGUGGCAAUACCUACCAGCACAGCAAGGUGAACCAAUGGACAACCAGUGUGGUGGAGCAAACACUGAGCCAACUCACAAAGCUGGGGAAGCCUUUCAAGUAUAUUGUGACCUGUGUGAUUAUGCAAAAGAAUGGUGCUGGGCUACAUACAGCAAGCUCUUGCUUCUGGGACAACUCCAGUGAUGGGACCUGCACUGUGAGAUGGGAGAAUAAGACUGUGUACUGUAUUGUCAGUGCCUUUGGACUCGCAAUCUGAUUGCCUUGGAAUCAUUCACCCUUCUCCUUUCUACUCCAGCACCUAAGUCCACUUCUACUCAAAACUGUGAAUACACCGAGCAACUUCUGGUUUUAAUGUACUCUUUUAGUAACUUUUUUCAAACCUAGAAGUGUGAAAAAAUGCUGUUACAUGGUUUAUGUUUGUUCUUUGUAUCAUAGCAGUGUUGCCACACUGUCUUAACACUUCAAGAACUUCUUCUUCAAGGUGCUAAUACUGAAAUCUGCUGCAGUGCAAACACUUUCUCCAGGUUUCUUUUUUAAGACCAAUCUAAAUGAGACACUGAUUUUCAUACUUUAUACUUUUGGUUAGCAUUAAAUUAUUGAAAUUCAUAA